GCAGGACCAAGCCACGCCACGCCACGCCACGCCACGCCAUGCCGUAAGAAUACAUUUCACUCCAGUUUCAUCCCCACUGGCACGAAUCUAAAUACAUGGAGCGGACGACCUUGUGCUAGUGCUCGCUCACGGCCAAAUGAGCUCAAGUGCACUUUGGGCUCAAUAGAAGAAGAUGAAUUGAUCGUGAUUGGACGAGAUGCGAACGCUGAGAGCAAACUGAUUGCGAGGAAGACGCAAGAAGCUGUCCCUCGAGCGAUGAGAUGAUCCUGUGAGGUAAAUACAUGGCACGUUUUGCCGUCAUUGUUCUCGGCGCGGAUACCUUUCUGCCACGAGGAGGGCGCUGAUCAAAUCGAGCUCCCAGAUGUUAUGCAAGAAAGCCUAGGAUGGGAGUAAAACUCCAGAGAUUCAUGAAGGUCACUGCAAAUGCUUGCUUUUCCGCGACCGCUCCUGAAAUUCCCUCAGCGAGUAGAGUCGUCAUUGCAAAGUCCUCCAUCCCUUUAUGGGCGGGCGCCAAAGGCAGGGGAAGGGAAAAACAACACCCAACUACCUCCCUCCCACGCACGCCCUGCCCAUGUCUGGCCGUCUGUGAGGAAAACACACAUGCUGAUGUCAUGGUGACAACACUGUAGCACUUGUACCUGCUGAAAGGAGCGCAACAUCGGACCUCACACACCGGCAGAGAGAGAGAGAGAGCGAGAGCUCCGAUGCCUUGUCAACUUGUCCCGCUCGGUACAUUUGAAUAUUUGUCUUCUUUUUGUUUGACUUGAAGAGGUGGUGGGUGGACGCGCCAUUGUGUGGGCGAAGAAAGCGCCGUGGAGGACAAAGCAGCAGUUUCCUUGGUUUCUCUUUCCUCCGGGAGAGUUGCGGGGUUCUGCCGCCUCCCUCGGAGGAGUGGCGCGGCUCACAAGACAAGCACUGCACGGAAAUCUGUGGACAUGGCGCUCGACAGGAAAGUGGACCUGCUACUCGGACUUGUCGUGCUUGUGCAGUGCGUGUACGACGCCGGAGCCCAGACGGGGGUCCCUUACGCCGACGUGCAAGCGGCGGAUGACAAUGUGGUGGUGAGGAGGACGCACGAGCAGCGCUGGAGGAGAUGGCUUCCCAACAGCCCGCGUCACAUGGACAGCAACAGGGCCAGUCAGGAGCAGGAACGCCAGGAGGAGCCCGCGCAGGAGGAGGACCGGGCCGAGCGCUUCCCCGGCCCGAUGUCAGCCGAGGACGUCGGCAACAGCUCGCAAAUUGAGGAGGACGCCGAUCACAACUACUACACAUCCAAAACGUACAGCCCGGCCGAUGCCGCCGGCAAGGCCUUGUGGGUAAACAUCGAGCAGCUGGACAAGGAGAAAGUGAAGAUUCACGGGAUUCUGUCCAACACGCAUCGACAAGCGGCGAGAGUCAACCUGUCCUUCGACUUCCCCUUCUAUGGACAUUUGCUGCGUGAGAUCACCGUGGCGACCGGCGGGUUCAUCUACACAGGCGACGUGGUGCACCGGAUGCUAACAGCUACGCAGUACAUAGCCCCCUUGAUGGCCAACUUUGACCCCAGCGUGUCCAGAAACUCAACCGUCAUCUACUUUGACAACGGUACAGCUCUGGUGGUGCAGUGGGACCACGUCCACCUGCAGGACAACUACAACCUGGGCAGCUUCACCUUCCAGGCCACGCUGCACGACACCGGGCGCAUCGUCUUUGCUUACAAAGAGAUUCCCGUGGAACUGUCGCAGAUCAGCCCCAUUAACCACCCGGUGAAGGUGGGCCUCUCGGACGCUUUUGUGGUGGUGCACAAAAUCCAGCAGAUACCCAACGUGAGGCGGCGGACCAUCUACGAGUACCACCGGGUGGAGCUGACCAAGACGAGGAUCACCAACUCCUCCGCCGUGGAAUUUACACCAUUGCCCACGUGUCUCCAGUUCAGCACCUGCGCCACGUGCACGUCCUCCCAGGUGAACUUCAACUGCAGCUGGUGCCAUCGACUCAACAGAUGCUCCAGUGGCUUUGACCGCCAUCGGCAGGACUGGGUGGACAACAGCUGUCCCGAUGAGACAAAGGACAAGCUGUGUGACAUCAUUGACACCACGUAUCUCUCCCCAUUCACCACACCGCUUGGCGCCAGGACCACACCCAGAAGCAAAGAGGCCCCGCCGUCCACCUGGCAGCCCCCGACCAGCGCCCCGACUGAAGAUGAUACCAAGAUCGCGCUGCACCUCCGAGAAAAUCAAGGUACGCCGGCGGCGGCGGCGGCGGCACCCAAAGAGAACGGCUACGCCGCGCCGAAGCCCGCUCCGCCCGGUGCCCGCUUCCAUCGCCCCUCCGCGCCCGCCGAUGACAGCCCCGUGACAGCCACCGGCGAGCUGACGCAGACGUGGGUGCAAUUCGCCAAGACCUUCGUGCUCAUUUUCCCAAUUUAUGCACUGGGCUACUAUGAGUUCAGCUUCAGCUGGAUGCUGAUCGGACUCGUGGUUUAUUUCUGGUGGAGGACAAAUGCCUUUGGGAAGCGGAGUCGCCUGAGUCGGGCUUUGGCUUUCCUUGAGAGGGAGGAGAGGAGCCUUGCGACGGCUCUGAGCACCUCGGACCUGCCUCCCUGGGUCCAUUUCCCGGACGUGGAGAGAGUGGAGUGGCUAAACAAGACGGUGAAGCAGAUGUGGCCCUACAUCUGCAAGUAUGUGGAGAAGCUGUUCCGAGACACGCUGGAGCCGGCCGUUAAGCAGUCCAACGCCCACCUCAGCACCUUUCGCUUCAGCAGGAUCGACAUGGGAGACAAACCUCCGAGGGUCAACGGCGUGAAGGUUUAUUCGGAGAACGUGGACCGACGGCAGAUCGUCAUGGAUCUCCAAAUCAGCUUUGUAGGUAACACAGAGAUCGACGUGGACAUCAAGCGCUACUACUGCAAAGCGGGAAUCAAAAGCAUUCAGAUUCACGGCGUGUUGCGUGUGCUGAUGGAGCCGUUGCUGGGCGACGUGCCUCUGGUCGGAGCGCUUUCUCUCUUCUUCCUCAAGAAGCCUCUUCUCGACAUCAACUGGACGGGCCUCACUAACGUGCUGGACGUUCCCCCGGGCUCCACCGGACUUUCUGACAGUCUGAUUCAAGAUAUCAUCUCGUCCUAUGUGGUCUCGCCCAACCGGAUUACAAUCCCGCUGGUUGGAGACGUGGAACUGGCCCAGCUUCGCUUCCCCCCAUGCCAAGUGCUUCGGAUUCACUUCUUGGAAGCUCAGGAUCUGGAGGGCAAGGAUAAAUUCUUGGGCGGGCUCAUCAAGGGCAAGUCGGACCCUUACGGCAUCCUGCAGAUCGCCAAUCAACUCUUCCAGAGCAAGACCGUCAAGGAGAGCCUUCACCCCAAAUGGAACGAAGUUUACGAGGCUUUGGUUUACGAGCACUCGGGUCAGCACCUCGAGAUCGAGUUGUUCGACGAGGAUCCCGACAAAGACGAUUUCCUGGGGAGUCUGAUGAUCGACAUGACGGAGCUGCACAAAGAACAGAAGGUGGACGAGUGGUUCGACCUGGAGGAGGCGCCGACCGGCAAGCUCCACUUGAAACUGGAGUGGCUGUCUCUGCUGUCCACGUCGGAGAAGUUGGAGCAGGUGCUGCGAAGCGUGCGAGCAGACAGGAGCCUGGCCAACGACGGCCUGUCGUCGGCGCUGCUGGUCGUCUAUUUGGACUCGGCCAAGAACCUGCCGAGCCUCUUCAGCGGCAGCUUAGGCUGCGGCAAUUUAAGCGAGAGACGAGCGUCCGGCCUGGUGUUUUGCGAGAGCGACAGCUCCGAGUAUCGCACCAUCGGCAGCAACCUGUCGGACUUCACCUGCGACGGGUUGAAGCAGGUCUUUAAAGCCUUGAAGUCGGCCAAGAAGAGCAGCAGCGAGCCCAGCCCUUACGUGCAAUUAACCGUCGGGCACAAGACACAAGAGAGUAAGAUUCGCUACAAGACCAAGGAGCCUUUGUGGGAGGAUUCCUUCUCAUUUCUAGUUCACAAUCCGAGGAGACAGGAGCUGGAGGUCGAGGUGAAAGACGAAAAGAGCAAAUGCACCUUGGGCGAUCUGAGCGUGCCGCUGAGCGGCCUCCUGGCCGAAGAGGACAUGACGCUGACGCAGUGCUUCCCGCUCAACAACUCGGGUCCCAGCUCCAGCAUCAGAUUCAAAAUGGCCUUGCGGAUCCUGUCACUGGAGAAGCAGGUCUCAUCAGACCAACCUUCUUCAGUCCGGGUCCGCAAGUCCAGCGUACCCCAAGCGGCCGCCUCGACCAGAGCGAGCGCCUCGUACUCGCCGCCGCCUGGUUCGCCAUGCCCGGCGCCCCCUCCGCCGCACGCCUCCUCCCUGACGCUGCCUCAUGGGGACGGCGAGCCGUACGCCGCCAUCCCGCCGCCGCCGCCGCUGCCGCGCAGCGUCUCCAGCCUGUGCGUGGGCAUCUCAGCCUCCCAGAAGCACCUGGCCCACAACGAGUCCACGCCCAGCCUGGCCUCGGACAUCUCGCUGCCCUUCGCCGCUUUGGAGCUCCGGCAGAGGCUAGGGCGGCUGCGCAACGGCUCCACCUCCAGCCAGUUCCUCCUGGGUGAGGUCCACCUGACCAUUCGACACAGCGCCCAACGCAACAAGCUCAUCGUGGUGGUUCACGCGUGCCGAAAUUUGAUGGCUUUCUCCAAAGACACCUCGGAUCCUUUCAUCCGCCUCUACCUGCUGCCCGACAAGAGUCGCACGGGCAGGAGGAAGACCGGCACGGUGAAAAGGAGCCUCAACCCUGUUUACGAUCAAACGUUUGAAUUCAGCGUGUCCAUCGUGGAGCUCCACAGGAGAACGCUGGAUGUCGCCGUGAAGAACGGAGGGAACAUCUUGUCCAAACACAAAGGCCUCUUGGGAAAAGUGCUGGUCCAUUUAAGUGGAGAAGAUAUAGCCAAAGGAUGGACGCAAUGGCAUGAGCUGAGCGAAGAUGGUUUGCCGUCUCAAAGGAACAUCGAGGAGACAUUUACAUCGUGAUUUGUUUUGCUGAAUUUCGUAACCGUUUUAUUUCCACACUGUACAUUUUUGUCAGCAUGCCUUUUCCCAUACUGACCGUCGUCGGCGCGUCCAAAUAUUGUAACAUAUUGUCAUCAUAAUGAAAGCUGUUUGUGAUAUUGCUCGUUUGUAACUUAGCAGGGCAUUAAAAAAAAAAGAAUGUGACAAAUUCUUACCAAAGGAGCAGAAUGAGUCCCGCAAGUCGUGUUUAUAUUUUGUCCUGCCGUGGAUGCUUUUGACUUUUGUUAUUUAUUUAGUUUGAUUUCAAACAUGGAAUGCACAUCAAACGGAAUGCUUUGUGUAUUUCUAGGUGGACUUUGUGCAAUAUUGUUUUUUUUCUUUUGGACAUGCAUGGUCCUUUUGUGGGCAUUUUAUAGGGCUGCAAAAGAUGUAGGAAAAAAUAUAGAUACUUGAAUUUGGGCUUUGGAGGGGAUUCAGAUGUGAGCCAAGAAACUAGACGAGAGACAACUCGUGUUUUUUUAAUAUGCAGGGCUGACAGCAAACUGUCAAAAUGUUAAAACAAAGGUUUCUAUCUCUUUUUUGCCAUGCGGUUAUAACUCUUUGUGUUUGUUGAAGCUUUUUAAUCUAUCACGUGCCUUAAAAAAAUGAAAAAACCUCACCACCGUGUAACUUCCGCCUUCUUAAAAGUUAUUCAUUUUGAAUGAUGUGUGGCUUUUUGAUGAAUAAAUUGUUUCCUUUCUGAAAA